AUGGUGCCACGAAACUCUGAGAGGACACGGCAACGUUCUAAAUAUUGCAGAGGAUUGGAAUUCCCAUCUCCACGUAAUUCAGAACGCUGCCUUGUCCGCUCAGCUCUCCUCUGUAUUCUGAACACUACCGUGUCCUCUCAGUUCUCUGCACUAUUUAGAACUCUGCCGUGUCCGCUUAGUUAUCCUCACUAUUCAGAACGCUGCUGUGUCCUCUCAGUUCUCCUCACUAUUCAGAACGCUGCUGUGUCCUCUCAGUUCUCCUCGCUAUUCAGAACGCUGCCGUGUCCGCUCAGCUCUCCUCGGUAUUCUGAACACUGCUGUGUCCUCUCAGUUCUCCUCGCUAUUCAGAACGCUGCCAUGUCCUCUCAGUUCUCCUCACUAUUCAGAACGCUGCCGUGUCCUCUCAGUUCUCCUCGCUAUUCAGAACGCUGCCAUGUCCUCUCAGUUCUCCUCGCUAUUCAGAAUGCUGCCAUGUCCGUUCAGUUCUCCUCGCUAUUCAGAACGCUGCCGUGUCCUCUCAGCUCUCCUCGCUAUUCAGAACGCUGCCAUGUCCUCUCAGUUCUCCUCGCUAUUCAGAAUGCUGCCAUGUCCGUUCAGUUCUCCUCACUAUUCAGAAUGCUGCCGUGUCCUCUCAGUUCUCCUCACUAUUCAGAACGCUGCCAUGUCCUCUCAGUUCUCCUCGCUAUUCAGAACGCUGCCGUGUCCUCUCAGUUCUCCUAG